AUGGUCAUCGGACUUCUCAUCCUCACCUCGAUUCCCACCGUCACAGGUGUCGCUCAAGCUAUUCAUGGCCAGAAGAAGCACAAGGAGCGCGAGAAGGAUGCAAGGCGCAUGCAAAAAUUCUACAUCGACGUCAGCUGUGAAGCCCAGAACUCUCGGAUACGUGAAAUCCACGAGAAGAGACUCGUUCUGAGAGAUGACCGUGUGUGGAUAGGGCCGCAUGAAGCUUUGAAUCCGUGCAAAGAAGGAUAUGUCGCCGAAGCGUUCUAUAUCGAGUAUCCAGACAACGAGAGAGUUCCCGUUCCCAUGGGCCUUGUUAGCCAAGUUCGAGACGAUCCUCCGCUGUUGAACUGGAUAUACGUGGACAAAGACACGAUGGAGCUGAGAUAUGGCAAUAAAUCAGCCAGUAUAGAGCACCAUGUCGGACCGUGGGAUUGGACAGAAGACGAACAACGUAUAACUUUUGAUGAAAGCGAGGCCUUUGUGGCUGUCGAAGACACCUCCACGCGACAAUGGCAGCUAUAUUAUGACAUGGAAAAUGACGGACUCAAUGGUUUUCUUGCGAAGGGUAGACGGAGAUUCCAGAUCAAGCUGGAGCGGACUUUGAUACCAGGAGCAGAGGGAGGGAAAUAA